UAUAAUAUCAAUUUCACUAUUUAUUUAAAUGAUUUGGUUGUUAUUUUUUAUAUCACUUUAAUAACUUGUGCGAUAGCAUUGUUGUUAAUUGUGUUACAUUUCGUUUGAUUCAAUUAUAUUUUGGUGCUCAUUGUUAAUGAUAAUUAAUUUAAUAUUCGUCAUUUGAGUAAUUGUGAAUUAUUAAAAAAUUUCACGUAACAAUAAUGCCAUUUGUAAGACCUGACACAGUACCAUUUCCAUCUAUAUGGCAUCGAUUUGAACGUGUAAAAGAUGGUCGAACACGAAAAUUUUUUGUACAAGAUGCAACAGAAGACAUGUUUCCAUUUCUUUUAGAUCGUAUGAUUGAAUCAUUCUGUCGAAACGAGCCUAUGUGUAAAAGUUUGGAUGUUAUAAGUGAUCCUGAAUCUGUAGACGCAGCGGAAAUAUCAUGGCGUCAAGUUUUAGAACGUAAAAUGUCUCUUGUAUGCUUUGAAGAAGAUCCUGAAAUUCCAGGAAAACCAAUCCGAUUUGUGGGAUGUAAUUUGACGUAUGUAGUGGAAAAAGAUGAUACUCCUUUGGAAGUGAAAGUUGGCGAAAAAUGGAAAACUGUAUACGAUGUCGUAGAUUAUUGCGAACGGGAAGGUAAUAAAGUAUUGAAACCUAGCACAUAUUUGGAUGCUUUAGGUUUAUUAGUUCUCCAACGAUUUCAAGGAAUGUCAAUUGGAACAGAAAUUCUAGAAGCCCGGAUACCACUUUGUAAAGCUUUCAAUAUCCCUGUAACUGUUACAUGCUUUUCAAAUAUAGCAUCACAAAAAGUCGCUUUAAAAUGUAAAUUUGAGGAUUUAUAUGAAAUAUCAUAUGAUGACUUAGAAAAAGUUGAUCCUCGAUUUAAGUUUGAUGUAAAGACAACUAAAACAGUGCGACAGAUAUCCGUUCACGUAACAACAAUGCCAUUUGUAAGGCCUAACACAGUACCAUUUCCAUUUAUAUGGCAUCGAUUUGAACGUGUAAAAGAUGGUCGAACACGAAAAUUUUUUGUACAAGAUGCAACAGAAGACAUGUUUCCAUUUAUUUUGGAUCAUAUGAUUGAAGUAUUUUUCCGAAACGAGCCUGCGUGCAAACAUUUAGAUAUUAAUGGCGAUCCUGAAUCUGUAGAGGCAGCCGAAAUAUCAUUUCGUAAAGUUUUAGAACGAAAAAUGUCUCUUGUUUGUUUCGAAGAAGAUCCUGAAAUUCCAGGAAAACCAAUUCGAUUUGUGGGAUGUAAUUUGACGUACGUGGCAGAAAAAGAUGAUAUUCUUUUAGGUGUGAAAAUUGGCGACAAAUGGAAAACACUAUACGAUUGUAGAGAUUAUUGCAAACAAGAAGGUAAUAAAGUAUUGAAACAUGACACAUAUUUGGAAGCUUCAGGUUUAUCAGUUCUCCAACGAUUUCAAGGAAUGUCAAUUGGAACAGAAAUACUAGAAGCCCGGAUACCACUUUGUAAAGCUUUCAAUAUCCCUGUAACUGUUACAACCUUUUCAAAUAUAGCAUCACAAAAAGUGGCUUUAAAAUGUAAAUUUGAAAAUUUAAUUGAAAUAUCGUAUGCUGAAUUAGAAAAAGUUGAUCCUAGAUUUAAGUUUGGUGUAAAGGCAACUGAAACAGUGCGACGGAUGUAUCGAAUAGUUGAAUAAAU